GGGAGGUGAGGCCGGAAGUUGCCGGGGUGUCAUGGCGGCGGCGCAGUCGGGGAAGGGGGAGCUGAGGGGAGCGUCGGGCUGGUGACGGCCGAGGGAAGAAACGGGACGGCGGGGUAGAUGGGAGCGUCUGUGGCCGAGGGCUCGUUAUCCAAUGGGCCGCUGCUCAUUCUCUUGGAGCAUGUUGUGAGCCCCCGGGGAGGACGCAGUUAAACGCGCCCGUCUUCUGCCCACAAUGGAUGAAGAAAGCCUGGAAACGGCCAUUCAGAACUACAGCGCCCAGCUGCAGCAAGUGGAGCUGGCUCUAGGGGCAGGCCUGGACCCGUCACAGCACUCAGACCUGAUUCAGCUGCAGGGGGAUUUAAAGCAGCUGAUAGAACUAACCGAGUCAAGCCUGGUGUCUGUUAAAAAGAGCAAACUCUUUGCUACUUUAGAUACAGAUGCUUCCUCCUCCUCCUCCCCAGCAGGUCUGUUGGAGCAGGACACCAAGGCAGAGAGUUCUGCCCAAGAUGACGAGUAUGCUGCCUUUAAGGAAGCCAUUGCUGAGCUUGGCACUGAGGAGAAGGCCUCAGCUAAUGCCAAGGAGGGGUCAGCAGAGAGAGAGGAAGAAACUGCUGACAAAAAUGAGUCAAAGUACAGCGAAGAGGAGGAGGAGUCUGAGAGAGAGGAGGAGGAACUGAGUGGGAUGAAGGUUAAAGCCCCCUACUACAGUUCUUGGGGGACCUUGGAGUACCACAAUGCCAUGAUUGUGGGGACUGAGGAGCUGGAAGAUGGCAGUGCAGGAGUCAGGGUGCUGUAUCUGUAUCCCACCCACAAGUCCCUGAAGCCCUGCCCCUUCUUCUUGGAUGACAAAUGCAGAUUUAAAGAGAACUGUCGGUUUUCCCAUGGUCAGGUGGUCUCUGUGGAGGAGCUUCAGCCCUUUCAGGAGCCCAACCUGAGCACGCUGGGGGUGGGCUCAGCCUGUCUGGCCAAGCACAGCGAUGGCAUCUGGUACACAGCCAAAAUCACUGAUGUGGACAGUGGUUACUACACUGUGCAGUUUGAUUCCCUGCUGCUGAAGGAGGCUGUUGUGGAAGCAGACAGUGUCAUCCCCCCGCUGCGGGGCGACGACGGCGCCCAGGCUGAGCACUCUGACACAGACAGUGUGGAUGACUCUGGUUAUGCUAAAGUGAUAGAAUCGGGAGCCCCAGAGAACGGGGAGUGGGCUCCUGCCUGCAGUUCCUCCUUUGGUGGCUGGGAAGCUCACACCCGUGGCAUCGGCUCCAAGCUGCUCCUUCAGAUGGGCUACGAGCUUGGCAAAGGGUUGGGGAAGAACUGCCAGGGCAGAGUGGAGCCAGUGCAGGCCGUGGUGCUUCCUCGAGGGAAGUCCCUGGACCAGUGUGCUGAGGUGCUGCAGAGGAGGAGCCAGGGGAAGGUGCCCCUGGGCAGGGGCAGGAAGCGCCGUGCCAAGGGCAGUGCCGGCCCCCGGCAGCCGCCGCACAACGUGUUUGACUUUCUGAACGAGAAGCUGCGAGGGAAAGGCCGUGGGGAGGAGGCUGGAGGAGGGCUGGCACUGCCAGAGAGGAACAGCAAGGAGCUGUACCAUGCCAGCAAGAGCACCAAGAGGGCUCUGAGCGUGCUGCUGUUGCAGACCACGGAGCAGAUGGAGCAGACGCAGAGGGACAUCUGUGGCAUCCAGCAGGCCCUGACACGCCACGCUGGCAGGCACAGCGUUGCUGCAGCUAAGCUGAAGGAGAAGCUGGCUAAUGCUCACAGACAGCUGGGGCAGCUGCAGGCCCAGGAAGCCAGGCUGCAGCGGGAGCAGAAGAAGGCAGAGACACAUAAGAAGAUGACUGAGUUCUAGUCUCCAAGGAAGGCAUUGGACAGCAGUCAGUGUCCUUCUGACCAGCCCCAGGGCUCGUGGUCUCAGAGCCUGAGUGAGCCAUCCUGCUCCUCGGGCUCCCCAGCCUCAAAGCCUGGGCUGAACAGCAGCAGUUUCUAAACCUGGGUGUUUCUGAGCUCUGCUGGGAGGGGGAGGAGCACAGAUCCCUCCAGCCCUGGAAGCACUCAGCCAGCCUGAGCCUGCUGCAAGAAAUCCCAUUCUCUGCUCUCUUGCUCACUCCUUCCCUGUUAUCACUGGGGCAGCACCUCCAUCCAGAGCCUGGAGCUGCUCAAGGGGUAACGUUUCUGGCUUUGAACCAGCCAAGGAGGGGCUCUGAAAGCCCCACAUCCUGCUGUCAGCUGUGGCUUGUGUUUGCAGCCAGCUGCCAAGCAGGAAAGGUCCUGAGCACCUUGUGUCGAAGGCUUGUGCUGGGUGAGAGCAGCAGAUGCAACGAGGCAGUUUGCUUCAGCUGCUCCCUGCCUUCUGGGUUUUGCUGUGGGAUUUAUCAGAGAACUCAUUUUUCUGGGGGAGGGACCAGUUCUGUGUGAUGAAUAGAGAGAAAACUGUCAGUUUGGAGGUGGUUGGAGUGGCCUCAAGGAUCAGGUUUCACCCCUUUGACUGUAAGAGGAUCCCUGGGAUGAGCUGCAGCCAAACUCAUGGACCUGGCCCGGGAGGCUGCUGAGUGGAGGUGCCAAAGCUGGAGGGGAGUGAGAGCAGGGUGGUGGAUUCUCAAACCUCUGAGCCAGGAACAGCUCCACAGGGGGAACCUUGGGACUUUUGCCAUCAGUACUUGAGUUUCUCUGUGUUCAGUGCAGCCACCCAGGACAGGUGUCUCUAACCUCAGUCCAGGUCAGGGCAGAGCAGAGGUGAGGAGGGCUAUGAGGAGCAGGACAGGGCAGCCCAGGAGGGCUGCACACCAGGGGUGUCAUCUCCCCUCUGGUACACUCUGUAGUUGCAUCAGACUCAGCUCCUGGCAGCACUUGGGCAUUGUAGUUGCUUUUCUUUGUACAAAGGAAUGGUUUGCAGGCUCAUGCCAGUAUCUUGAGGAUCUUCAUGUGAGAGAUGGGUUUCCUUUUAUUCUGCACAUCAUUCUUCUAAUGGUUUUCUCCUUUUAUCUCUUCCUAAGGAAACCACCAAAGCUGUGAAGCCUGGGCAGGGCUGCACACACUUGUAGGGUCAGGCUGCCAGAUGUAAGGCUGAAGGAGAUACCAUCAGAGUUGCUCUAAUUGUGUGGGCUCCAGCACUGCUGCAGGAAGCCCCAGAGAACGAGAGUGACAGCAAAAGUAACCCAGAUGCCUUCAGGAACCCCGUGAGGGUGGCUGUGGCCUCUUGGGAAGCACUUGGGCCCUGCUGGGGGUGUGGAAGGGGCCAGGGGCCAUCCCAAGCACUGCAGCAGCUCUUGGUUCUGGCCAGGUUGUCUGUACUCUCCUCAUUGUCCUGAUUCAUGUUCUGCAGAUGCCAGACUCAGCUCAGGGGGCUGCAAUGGCCCCUCAGUGCCCUUCCCUCACAAGUGACUCCUUGUUCCCCACUCCCACUGGAGUGCUGAGUGGUCACAGGGAUUAAGGUGCCUAUGGGUGCUGGCUGAGCUGGGCAGGGGGAGUUUCUGGGGCUGCUUUUGUGCUCUGAGGCUAUUUAGCAUCAUCAUCUCUUUGAGAAUUGGCUCUGUUAGCCCCUGGCCCAGCCAAGCCCUGCUCUGAGCCCUCCCUGGGAUGCCACAGCCUCCCUUGGCAGACCCCUCUCAGUGGCUGCUGCCUCCCCCCAGUGACACUUCCCAUCCCCAGUCAAUAAAGUCGCUUUUUCUUUGUUCCCCUC